UUUUGAGAGAGCGCGGUCGUGUGAACGAAAAAACAAACAAACAAACAAACAAACAAGCCCCCCAAAAAUUAAAAGACAGAGGGGGGACCGGGGGGGGCAAGAAAAUAAAGAAAAUGGACAUGAAAAUUCAAAAGGGGCACAGGAACCCCACUUGCCGGGCCACACCUGCAGUAGAUGCCCCCCUUGCUAAUGGAGGGGGACACACGCCCCCCACUUAUAGGGAACAGCGCCCCCUCCCCUUUAACGCCCCCCGAGGGAACAAUAGGGGGUUCAGGAGGGGGCGAGAAACCCUUUCAAAUAUGGAAUGAAAGUUUAAACACCCCUAGUUAUUUCAUACUAGGAGGGGAGGGGCCAAGUUCUGGUUACCUGGGGGAGGAAAGGGGUAACUGGUCAUUGGGAGAGGAAUGGGAGGAAGAGAACUGGACCCUAGUGACUGGUAACUGGACACAGGAAGGUAAUCUGACUGGAGGAGACGCGGUACUGGAUGUUCACCUGCUUGUUACCGCCACCACUGCUCUCGUACUUGGCAUUAUGAUCCUUGCCACCAUUGUAGGAAACGUAUUUGUAAUCGCUGCCAUCCUGCUGGAGAGGCAUCUGCAGAGUGUUGCCAAUUACCUGAUACUAAGCCUGGCUGUGGCGGAUCUACUGGUGGCGGCCCUCGUCAUGCCCCUGGGAGCCGUCUACGAGGUGAGCAAGGAGUGGACGCUGGGCCCCGAGCUGUGUGACAUGUGGACGGCCUCCGAUGUGUUGUGCUGCACCGCCUCCAUCCUGCACCUCGUGGCCAUCGCGCUGGACAGGUUCUGGGCGGUGACGCAGGUGGACUACAUCCACCACCGGUCGCCGCGGCGCAUCGGCAGCAUGAUCGGCGUGAUCUGGGUGGUGUCCUUCCUGGUGUCGGCGGCGCCCAUGAUGGGCUGGAAGGACCCUGAGUGGCACGAGCGCCUGCGCAACAAAAUGUGCAUCAUCUCGCAGGCCGUGGGCUACCAGAUCUUCGCCACCGUCACGUCCUUCUACCUGCCGCUGGCCGUCAUCCUGGCGCUGUACUACCGCGUGUACCAGGCCGCCAGGAAGCGCAUCCGCCGCAAGAUUGGCACCAACGCGGCGGCGCUGUGCCGCGGCCCCGUCACCAUCAGCGAAACCACCACCUUCACGCGCGUGUCCUCGCAGCCCUCGCCAGAAAAGACCUCCAACGGCAGCACUCUCAACGGACACCCCGCGGAAGCGCAGGACGUGGCGCCGCCCGCCGUGGUCACCGCCAGCGCCGUGGCGUCGCAGGCCGUGCCGCGACACCUACGGCGGCGCGAGGCGGAGUCCCGCAAGGAGCGCAAGGCGGCCAAGACGCUGGCCAUCAUCACGGGCGCCUUCGUGGUGUGCUGGCUGCCCUUCUUCACCCUGGCGGUGCUGAUGCCGCUGUGCCGCGCCUGCCACUUCAACCCCUACCUGAUCGCCACCUUCCUGUGGCUGGGCUACUUCAACUCCACCCUCAACCCCAUCAUCUACACAGUGUUCAGCCCGGAGUUCCGCAACGCCUUCAAGCGCAUCCUGCUGGGCCGCCGCCGCUCGCUGCGCCGCCAGUCUUCACGCUUCUCCUCCGCGCGCUUUGGCCGCUCCUAGCACAGCGAGGUGCCGGGGGGAGGCAGCAGGCGGCGCGGGGGCGGGCCCCCUGCUCCGCCGCCACCCUGGGCCUGGCCGCCGCCACGCACCUGGCCACGCUGCCGCCCAUCACAGAGUCCACGCUGUGAGUGGCGCCGCCCUCGCCGCCCACGCCCCCGGCACCGCCCCGCUACGACCACCACCACCACCACCUGCCCCGCCACCUGUGUACAACCUUCACGUGUGUGUGUGUGUGUGUGUGUGUGUCUGUGUGUGUGUGUGUGUACAUACGUCAUAUACUGCUGGUCCCACAAGCGUCCCACAACUCCCCCUUCACCACCACCACCACCACCACUACCGCCUCUACCGCCACCACCACCCCCUGCCACACCAGACAAUCACAGACCCCCGUCCCUCCCUUCCUCCCCCUUCCCCUCCCCUCCCCCCAGCAAAACUCGUCUUUAUUUCCUCGCAUGACUGAACGAAACACAUGUACCAUUAAGCCGCGCCUUCUCCUCCUGCUCCACCUCCUCCUCCUCCUCCUCCUUCCCCUCCUCCUCCCCCUCCUCCUCCUCCUCGCUGAAGAGAAUACAUCAUUACCUCUCGAAUCCAGUUUCACCCUACAUUAUCCAUCCCCCCUCUCUCUCUCUCUCUCUCUCUCUCUCUCUCUCUCUCUCUCUCUCUCUCUCUCUCUCUCUCUCUCAGCGUUCACUCAUUCGUUCAUUGGUACGUGCAUAUGUGUGUGUGUGUGUGUGUGUGUGUGUGUGUGUGUGUGUGUGUGUGUGUGUGUGUGUGUGUGUGUGUGUGUGUGUGUGUGUGUGUGUGUUUAGGUGUAUAUUUUCUAAGUGUUGUAAGUUUACCUGUGAAGUUUACCUCAGCCUUUCGUAAUUAACGCUAAUAACACACCUUUAUAUUGUUGAUAAUGAUAACGAUGCCGACGACGAUAAUAAUAAUAAUAAUAAUAAUAAUAAUAAUAAUAAUAAUAAUAAUAAUAAUAAUAAUAACAAUAAUAAUAACUGUAUAACUAAUAUUACUAAUCCUACUAAUACUAACGAUGUUCAUAAUAAUAAUAAUAAUAAUAAUAAUAAUAAUAAUAAUAAUAAUAGUCAGAUUAUUAUUAUAUAUAUGUAAUUAGAUAGGCCAUGUAUACAUUUUAUUCAUAGCUGUGCUCAUGAGUGAUAUAUACAUACAUACAUACAUACAUACAUUUAUAUAUACAUACAUACAUACAAAACACACGUAAAUAUGCAUAUAUGUAUUUUAAUAAUAUAUACACGUACAUCAGCCUGUGUAAUGUACGUUUUUCCUGAUAGUGUGUACGAUAUUGCCAUGUACGACAACCUGGCAGCAGCGUACGAGUCCCAGAGUGCGCAGGUGCCAAGUUGCUAUAUUUUCUUUAUUUUUCUCUAUUUUUUUUUUGUUUUUUUGUUUUUCACUUCGUUGUAAAGUUAUAUAAAGUUUUUAAUGUAUAUAUUUAAAGGUUUUACGGAACUGAGCCCCUAUUUCGUAAAACUCUCUCUCUCUCUCUCUCUCUCUCUCUCUCUCUCUCUCUCUCUCUCUCUCUCUCUCUCUCUCUCUCUCUCUCUCUCUCUCUCUCUCUCUCUCUACAAACUCGUGAUAUGUGUAAAUAUUAUAUUCUAUCAUGUAAGAAAAUAAUUAAAAACAAAUUAGA